AUGUUUUUCUGUGAUCCUCAUCCUACCAUGAGAAGAGUAACAUUGUCCUUCAUGCUAUUCACUCUAUACAUUCAAUUAUCAUCCAAUACUGUUCUAAUUAGCUCUGAUACUAAUUAUCAUGGCAUCACUUGUUUUGAUGUUGAAAGAGAAGCUCUCCUUCGAUUCAAAGCAGGUCUCUUGGAUCAUGGCAACCAGCUGCGGCUCUCCUCUUGGAACAUAUUGGAACCAAACUGUUGCUUAUGGGAGGGUGUGGAGUGUGAUAACACCACUGGCCAUGUCAUCAAGCUUGAUCUCCGCAACUCUCAUCCAUUCAUCAUUGAUGGUUUGGGCAUUACACACAUGCGCAACAACAGUGCAGGCUUAGGAGGUAAGAUCAAUCCAUCUUUACUCUCACUCAAAUAUUUGGUCCACUUGGAUCUUAGCGGCAACAAUUUCAAUGCUACACCCAUCCCAAAAUUCAUUGGCUCGUUUAAGGAGCUGGCAUAUCUAAACCUCUCGAAUGCCCACUUUGGUGGAAACAUACCUCCAUCUUUGGGCAACUUGACCAAGCUGCAAGUCCUUGAUCUCUCAAGCGAUGAUUCUCUUCUUAAGAUGCAUGAUGCCAAAUGGCUUUUUCAACUCCAUGCAUUGGAACAUCUUGACAUGAGCAAUGUGAUCUUUGAAAAAGAUGCAUCUGAUCAAUGGGUACAUGCAUUGAAUUCACUACCUUCCAUUGCCAAGAUAACUUUAGAGAAUUGCAACCUGAAUCCCCUACCGCCCACUCUUCAUCAUGUCAAUUUCACUUCUCUCUCACUUUUUGAUCUCUAUGAGAAUUUUAUCAAUUCUACCAUACCGUCUUGGCUGUUUAAAAUCACAAGCCUCCAGCAUCUUGGCCUCAGCUGGAACUCUUUCCAUGGCCAUGUUCCAAACUCAAUUGGCAACAUGACCUCUCUUCGCUUCCUAGAUCUGUCAGAAAAUAAUGAUCUCCACAUGUCUCGUGAUAUUCUUCUUGAGCUCAAGAAUCUUUGCAAGUUGCAAAUUCUAAACCUUGGGUACAUGAAUAUCGAACAUCGGUUUUCUGAGCUAGGAGUGAUUUUCUCUGGAUGCAUGAAAGACAAUCUACAAGAGCUAAUGUUAUAUGGCAAUACUCUUACGGGUCACUUGCCCUGUUGGAUAGGAAAUCUUACCAGCCUCAUAUAUCUUGAUCUCUCUAAAAACUCAUUAUAUGGUCCUCUGCCUCAAUCUCUUUGGCAACUCUCGGCACUGCAACAACUUUCUCUCGGCUGGAAUGCAUUCAAUGGAACUGUCACAGAAACUGAUCUCCAUGAUUUUACAAGGCUUGAAAUCCUUGGCAUCUCAUUCAAUGCUCUUGUCUUAAAUGUGAGCAUCAAUUGGGUGCCAUCUUUUCAACUGAAAGAACUUGAUAUGAGUGGUCGUCCGGUAGGACCAGCAUUUCCAGCAUGGCUCCUCACACAAAAAACCUUGGUAUAUUUGUUUAUGUCUCAAGCAGGUAUCUCUGACACCUUGCCCAACUGGUUCUGGGAUAUUACUUCUACUAUUUCCUAUUUGGACCUCUCUGACAAUGGCAUGAAAGGGAAGCUCCCCACUUCCUUGGAAUUUGGUGUAGUUGCUUACCUCGAUCUAAGUUCCAACUUUUUUGAAUGUCCUGUUCCAAAUUCUUUUCUGAAUGUUAUAUCGUUGGAUUUGUCAAAUAAUUCGUUGGCAGGAACUCUUCCUUCAAAAAUCAAUGAAACCAGCCCUAUGCUUGAAGCUAUAGAUUUGUCAAACAACAAAAUAAAUGGUACUAUCUCGUCAACAUGGUGUGAACUAGAGAAUCUGAUUAAAUUGAUUCUUUCAGACAAUUCUCUAUCCGGAAUUAUCCCUAAUUGUUUGGAAAACAAUUCAAACAUGGCAAUUUUGAAUUUUUCUAUCAAUCACUUGUCAGGACAUGUUCCAGCCUCCAUUUUCCUUCCACCAGCUCUUGAGGUAUUGUCCUUGAGCGGAAACAACCUUUCGGGACAUAUUCCUAUCUUCACAAAAAAAUGUCAGAGUCUAUAUUACCUUGAUCUAGGGCAUAAUAUGCUCACGGGAAGUAUACCAGUUUCCCUCAGUGAAAGCUUGAUAAAUUUGCAAGUUCUUUUACUUCGAUCAAAUAAUUUUGCUGGAAAUAUACCACCACAAUUAUCAUUGCUUACUUUUCUUCAUUUUUUAGAUCUCUCCGACAACCACUUGUCUGGAGUUAUACCCAAGAGUUUUGGAGAGUUCGCUUCCAUGAUAUCAAAUACCAAACAUGAGUUAUCUAUGGGCGGUUAUUAUAGAGAAGUGUUCGUUACUACAAAAGGAUUGACUCUUGAGUAUGAGGCUUUAGAUUCUCUUAUGUCACUUAUUGAUCUUUCGGAAAAUGAUCUAUAUGGUUGUAUCCCUCUUGAAAUAGGAAAUCUAAACCUAUUACAUGGCUUCAAUCUAUCUGGGAAUCAUUUAACAGGAGAAAUCACAGAUAAAAUUGGUUCAAUGAAUCAGCUAGAGUCUCUCGACUUAUCAAGAAAUCAACUAUCAGGAGUAAUUCCCACAACAUUAACCAAAUUGAGUUUUUUGGAAGUUUUAAAUCUUUCAAAUAAUCAUCUGUCAGGGGAGAUACCAACCGGUGGACAAUUUAAUACAUUUGUCGAUCUAUCCAUUUACAUAAACAAUGAUAAUCUUUGUGGAUUUCCUCUCUCAAAGAAGUGCCAUGACAACCAUGUACCAAAAGAGCAAAGCCUAAAGGAUGAGAUUGAUUCUGAUGACAGUGAUACCAUUUGUUUGGGUCAUUUUUCUGCUGAAGAAGUCUUGGAGAAUUGCUUAUUUUUUAUUUUUCGAUCGCAUACUGGAGCAGUCUAUGUUACUUUUGUUGUAAAGUUUGCAAAGAUCAAGGGAUGGUAUAUGGUGACUGAAGAUGAAUAA